AUGAAUCUGGAAGCCCGCCCCUUAUUUGCCGCACUCAACUUCCUGACCCUAGAGGAAGUGGGCGCAGACUGCAGGUGCAACGGCAACAGCAGGGUCAUGGACAAGGAAUAUGUGGGUUUCGCUGCUCUCCCCACCCAGCUGCACCGCAAGUCCGUCAAGAAAGGGUUUGACUUCACACUCAUGGUGGCAGGGGAGUCAGGUCUGGGGAAAUCCACUCUCAUCAACAGCCUGUUUCUCACCAACCUCUAUGAGGAUCGGCAAGUGCCAGAUGUCAAUGCUCGCCUGACACAAACACUGACCAUCGAGCGUCGGGGAGUGGAAAUAGAGGAGGGGGGCAUUAAAGUGAAGCUGACCCUGGUGGACACACCUGGUUUUGGGGACUCAGUGGACUGCUCUGACUGCUGGCUGCCUGUGGUGCGCUUCAUUGAGGAGCAGUUUGAGCAGUAUCUUAGGGAUGAGAGUGGCCUGAACCGGAAGAACAUCCAGGAUACCCGUGUUCACUGCUGCCUCUACUUCAUCUCACCUUUUGGCCGGGGGCUCAGGCCCCUGGAUGUAGCCUUCCUCCGGGCAGUGCAUGAGAAAGUCAACAUCAUCCCAGUCAUUGGCAAAGCAGAUGCCCUGAUGCCUAAAGAAACCCAAGCCCUCAAGCAGAAGAUACGGGCCCAGCUGGAGGAGGAGGAGAUCAACAUCUACCAGUUCCCAGACUGCGACUCUGAUGAGGACGAAGACUUCAAGAGGCAGGAUGCAGAGAUGAAGGAGAGCAUCCCUUUCGCCGUGGUGGGCUCCUGCGAGGUAGUGAGGGCCGGUGGAACGGGCCCAGUGAGGGGGCGCCGCUACUCCUGGGGUACCGUGGAGGUGGAGAACCCCCUUCAUUGCGAUUUCCUGAACCUGCGGCGGAUGCUGGUGCAGACACACCUCCAGGACCUGAAGGAGGUGACACACGACCUGCUCUACGAGGGCUACCGGGCCCGCUGCUUACAGAGCCUGGCCCGGCCAGGGGCGCGAGACCGAGUCAGCCGGAGCAAGCUUUCUCGCCAGAGCGCCACCGAGAUCCCGCUGCCCAUUCUGCCUCUGGCCGAGACGGAAAAGCUGAUCCGCGAGAAAGACGAAGAACUACGCCGCAUGCAAGAGAUGCUGGAGAAGAUGCAAGCCCAGAUGCAGCAGAGCCAGGCUCAGGGCGAGCAGUCGGACUCGCUCUGAGGUCACGCGCCAGGUUACCUCGGCUCCGCCUUCAGCUCGUCUCUCGGCCAAUCCCGAGCCCCGGGCUGCUCAGCGCCGACCCUCCAGCCCCGCUGCCGGGCCCGCCCUGGACAGGCUUCUCGGGCCGCAGCUUUCCCUCGAGCAGGCCGGACUCCGCCCACCCUCGCCCAGUCCUCUUGCGGGAGCUUCUGGCCCAGCCCCUGCCCCACCCGCUCAUCUUCUCGAGCUACGUUCCAUAAAGCCUGAGUUUUGCAGAGGA